AUGGAUCAUCCAGACGAAAUAGCGCCCUACAGGAAGCAAGGAGCCAAGUGCUGUUGCUGCUGUUGCGACUACAGGCGUGCGGUGAUCGCGGUUGCAAUAGUCCUUGGAACUUUGGAGGGUCUUGUUUUGCUUUAUGUUUUGUCUGGUAAUUACUUGAGCUACGCAUGCUCGUCGUACUACUAUGGAACCAAUCGAGAAUGCGAGGAGCAUUUCCAAGCAAUGGCGACCAUAGAGACGAUCUUUAGCAUCACUUCAAUCGUCCUUGGCAUUGGUGCCAUUUGGGGCGCCAUGACCUUCAAUGCCUUUGCGGUUGGCCUCAAUGCUGCUUGGAUCGUCGUUGGUUGGAUCCUUGGCGUUGUCUUUGCCACGAGCAUGUGCAACGCAUGGAACAACAAGGGCAGCUACUACGAAUGCUAUACAGUCUCUUCGAAUAUCGCUGCUCUCGCUAUCACUGCUGCGUUCUCAGCUCUGUUCGUCUACCCACACGUUGGUUUCAUCGUUGAAGUGCAGAAAGGUAUCAUGUCCAAGGAGACUUACGAAAUGGAGAAGUUCAGCUGUUGCUGCAUUUCUAAUGUGCAACCGCAACCUGUGUCACAUCAAGUGGCACCAGCACAUUCCUACGGUCAAGUGUCACAGCAGCAGCAAGCAAAAGCAACGGUAUAUGCGAAGUCUGCGAAGGCGAAGAGUGAUUACCGGUACGCUGGAGGGGACGUGGAAUUGGCUCGCCCAGAAGCAGAAAAGGAGGGGACAGUUCUCUACGCCUAA